AUGUUCCGCGAGCACCUGGGAACGUUUGAGAACCACCAACUCGAAUGCCGGGGGCUUUCCUUUGUCAGCACCGUCCAUAGUGGAUCAUGCUUUUCCCGACUCUACAAACCACCAGUCGUCGCCCAGUUCCUACGAGAUAUCACCCUUGACGUGGGGGCGGGUGAGAUCCAUGGCAUCUGCGGAAAUCACGGCUCCGGAAAAUCCGUUCUAUUGAAUGCGCUGGCCUCUAGGGGUCGGGGAGGGACUGGAGGGACCGUGUUGCUCGAUAAGCAGCUGCUCACAGCAGCCCGCUUCCGGAAAUCCUGCUCUUUCGUUGAUGCGACAACUCGAUUACUGCCGUUUUUGACGGUCCGCCAAACCCUUUACUACCAGCUCAAGUUGACGCUGUCGGGAAGGCUGACCUCUUCACAAAUCGAGGAUAGGCUUCUAACCCUCCUUCAAGAUUGGGAACUUCUUGGCUACGGUCACGAGCAAAUUGGAGCACUUUCUGAAAGUGCAAGGCGAAGAGUUCUGAUGGCGCUUGGGACUGCUAAAGAUCCAGUUCUCCUCAUCGCCGACGACCCGAUCCGCGACCUCGAACCCUUGUCGGCCUACCAGUUAAUGCUGUGUUUACAGACCUUCAUCAAGCGCCAUCGUCGCCUAGCCAUAGUAUCCAUGCGUACUCCACGCUCCGACAUUUCCCAGCUGCUCGACAAGAUAACGAUACUGUUUUUCGGGGAAAUGGUGUACUCGGGUCCCACCAACAAACUCCCACUCUACCUCCACCACCUCGGGUUCGUAUGUCCGCCGAAUGAGAACCCGGCUGCCUAUCUAGUCACCCUCUCGACGAUCAACAAGGAAAACGCUGUCCUUUAUGCCGAGACGCAAGAGCAAGCCGGGCGGCUGGUGGAAGCUUUUAGGUCAAUCCCCUACGAAGACUACUAUCAACAGAAGCGCCAGAAAGACUGUACCCCGGAAUUUUUAUGCCUAUCUCCUACUUCC